AUGACUCUUUUUAUUCUUACCGAGACCAGCGCUGGUUACGCUUUGCUGAAGGCCAAGGACAAGAAGCUCCUCAAGCGUGAUGAUAUCGCUACUGAGGCCGCAACCCCAGAGGGAGUGUCAAAUCUAGAGUUGCUUCCGGAAUUGACCUCUGGGAAAUUCGACAGUGCCACUACAGCGCUGGAAGAAGUCUCGGCUAUUGUCGAAGGAAAAGUUACUCCCCGUCUAGCCAGUUUGCUCAACGAGAUCAAAGAUGAGAAGAAAGUCUCUCUUGCUGUCGCCGACCCUAAGCUCGGUAACGCUAUUGGUAAACUUCCUGGUCUUGAUAUCCAGCCCAUUGCCGACUCGUCUACUGCCGACAUAUAUCGUGCAAUCCGCGAACACAUUCCCACCCUUAUCCCGGGGCUCGUUCCUGAGGAUAUCUCUGCCAUGGCCCUUGGUCUGUCGCACUCUCUGGCUCGCCACAAGUUGAAAUUUUCUCCCGACAAAAUUGAUACCAUGAUCAUUCAAGCCAUUGCUCUUCUGGAUGACUUGGACAAAGAACUGAACACAUAUGCCAUGCGUGUGAAGGAAUGGUACGGAUGGCACUUCCCGGAAAUGGCCAAGAUUAUCAAUGACAACAUUGCCUAUGCUCGUGUGGUCUUGAAGAUGGGAAUGCGCACCGAGUUUGAAAAUACCGACCUGAGUGACAUUUUGCCCGAGGAGAUUGAAGCUGCCGUCAAGAACGCCGCCGACAAGUCAAUGGGAACAGAAAUCAGCUCCGAGGAUUUGGAAAACAUUCAGUCUUUGGCCGAGCAAGUUGUUGGCUUUGCUGAGUAUCGCCAACAGCUAGCAAGCUAUUUGACCGCGCGUAUGACUGCCAUUGCGCCCAACCUCACAGCACUUGUUGGAGAGCUUGUCGGUGCUAGGCUAAUUGCGCAUGCUGGAAGCUUGAUGAACCUCUCCAAGAGCCCUGCCUCUACACUUCAGAUUCUGGGUGCCGAAAAAGCUCUCUUCAGGGCUCUCAAGACCAAGCACGACACCCCUAAGUAUGGUCUCAUUUACCACGCUUCCUUGAUUGGACAAGCAACCGGUAAAAACAAGGGUAAAAUGGCUCGUAUUCUCGCUGCCAAGGCCUCACUUGGUAUUCGUGUGGAUGCUCUCGCCGAGUGGGAGGAGGACGUUGCUGAAGAAGAUAAGGCAGCCCUGGGUACUGAAGCUCGAUACAACCUGGAACGUAAAUUGGCCGCCAUGGAAGGAAAGCCUCUGAAGCCCAGAGGUGUCAACAUUGCGCCAAAUGGCGCUGCCACGCAACCCAAGAAAUUCGAGAUCAACGAAGCCCGGAAAUACAAUGCGGAUGCGGAUGCCUUGAGCGGGGAUGAAGAGCCUGCUACGACCAAAUCUAAGAAGGAGAAGAAGGCCAUUCAAGAAGAGAAAGAAUCCGAAUCCGAAGAUCAGGAUGAGGAUGAAGAGAUGCAAGAUGCCGAGGAAUCAGACGACUCUUCUGCCAAAAAAUCCAAGAAGUCCAAGAAGAGCGACGCCAAGGAUGAUACCGAGAAGCUGGCUGCCAAGGCAGGUCUCAGCGUCAAGAGGUAUCUACGCAAGCUAGAAAGAGGUGAGAUCGACUCUGAAGGACAUGCCAUCAGCAAGAAGGACUUGAAGAAAGCCAAGAAAGAAGCCAAGAAAGCCGCCAAGGAGGAGGGCAAAAAGCGCAAGAGAGACGACGAAGAUGCCGAUGAUAAGGCCGAGAAGAAGAAGAAAAAGAAGAAGAGCAAGGAAUAA